AUGGCGGGCUCGGCGUCCUUUGAGGAUCCGGAUCGCGAGCCGCUGCUCCGCAGUGACCUUGAGGCUGGUCGGGAGAAGCUUCCCCUCGGCUGGCGGGGGUGGAGAUAUUGGCUUCCUAGAUCUUCUUCAGGUUGUCGAGACUACACGGCGAUCACGGCGAUCCCCCGGCUGGUCCGUCCUCAUGCGCGCCGUGUGCCGAUCCUCAUUCUCCUGGGCGUGAUCCUGUUUCUUACCGGCUUCGUGUCUCAUCCCAAGGCGAGGGCGUCGACAUCAGAUUUCCUUCGCGAACAGAGCGGGAAGGUCAUGAAGCCAUUUCACGACAUGCGGCCAGGUGACAAGGCCAAAGCGAACGAGAUCCGUGUGCUCAAAGGGCUGCUUCAGACGAUGUACCCGGCAACGCACGGCUCGCCGACUCGCGACCGUAACUGGGGCGAGCUCGACCGGCUCAUCGAGUGUGUCGAGUGGGCCAAUUGCACAAACCAGGAGAAGGUCGUCAUUGGCGUCAGCCAGCACUUCCGUGGUGGCGAGGUCGGCGGAGUGGGAGGUGAAGAUGUCUGGGCGCGCUCGAUGCUGAACGGGAUCCGCGAGCUGAACUACACGUUCCUCUUCACGAGCGGGCACAUGGACACGUUGCUUGUGUACCAGAAGAUCCCGAGCAUGGUGCAGGCGGUGAUCUGGGAGCCCAAUGAGUUCGCUCACUGCAUCGCACGCAACGACACGAACUACGCUGAGCUCGAGGCGCACGAGGCCGACGCCGAUGGCACAUGGCAGGUCGGCCGCAAGGCUUGCAUUCAGUCGCACCUGUAUCCGGAGGGCAUCCCGUACUGGAAGUCGUUCGUGCUGCACUUCUGGGAGAACCCCGUCACGGACCUCGGCGGGCAAUGGACUCUUUCGCCUGAGGACUACAGCAAGAUCACUUGGAACGGCGCCGGCAACCAGUUCAUCGGAUACAGCAUCGAAGACCGUUGCCUCGAGUACGAGGUCUACGACGAGCGCGAGCACUGCGGCCUCAUCCUCGCCAAGGAGCCGAAGUACUUCACGGAGGAGAACGGGUUCAAGGGCAUCCUGGGACAAGCUCGCGACAGCGUUCGGCCCGCCCGGGUCGGUGGAGAGGAGGUUCCGUUUAAGCUUGUCUCGACUGCUGGUCGCGAGCGCGACGCGGACGGGACGACGGAGGAGCUGCCCGAGGGCAUCGUGAGCCUAGGCCGCAUGCCUCAGGCCGAGUACACGAAGACGCUGGCGCGCUCCAAGAUGCUCGUGGGAAUAGGAAACCCGAAGCUCUCCCCGUCGCCGUACUGGGGCCUCUGCAUGGGUGUACCCUUCAUCAACAUUAUCGAGGACUGGCGCGCCGACGACCCGGACAACAGGCAGCACUGGCGUACGCAGCAGGACGCGCUCCGCUUCACGCCCGAACCAUACGUGUACCACGUACGCCACGACGACCUCGACGGCCUGAGCCAGGCGAUGCAGCGCGCGGCCACGACGCAGAUCGGCCGCUUCAUCCCCGACUGGAUGAGGAAGGAGGGCCAGCUGAAGCGCAUCGAGAGGCUGAUGGAGACGGACUGGUACGCUGAGGCGCGCAAGGUCGUCGAGGACAAGUACGAGAACGACCCUAAGUGGCAGCACCUCGCACCGUUGCAUAGGGGCGACCACUAG